AUGACAACAAGUGUUUGCAAAGUAAAAGAAAAGCGUAACAUCAUGGUUAUCAAACCUUCGAAAUAUGAAGGAUUGGAAGCGGUACGACAUAAUAAAAAAUAUUGGAAAAACACUUUAUCACAAUUGCAUGAAAAUAAAAAUCAACCUAUGGAUAGAAACGAAAUGAAGGAUCUGUCAGAAGUUAAAAUGCCUAAUGAACUUUGCGAAAGUGUUUGUAGCAUUUUGGAUUUUGAUGUCUUAAGACAACCUAAUGCACAUAAAUUACACUUACCUGAACAGGCUUACCGUAAAUUAAGAAAAGAACCUUUGCUGUCAUAUAGAAAAUCAAUAAUAAUUGAGAGAGAAUUAGAUUCUGAUACCGACGUCGAAAUUUGCAGCAGCGAAGAUGAGAAGGACAUUUCGAAUAUCCACCAACAAUUUUUACGUAAACCUGAGCGAAGCCAAAUUACAUGGAAUACUCGCUUCCUUCAACCGGAGAGAGAAGAUGAGAAAAGUCUUGAAAAAAAAGCUAACGAUCUCACAGAAAGGAUUACACAAGAGUUUUGUGAAUACAUGAAAGCUUUAGGCGGGGAUCAACAAUCGAAAUUGUUUACAGCUAAAACUAUUAAAGAGUUAUUUCAAGUUGAAUUUGACACUCAUGUCACCCGCAGUAUUCAAAUAGUACCUAAAGAAAUGCCUACCGUUAUUGACAAUAUAGCUGCAGCGACUGGAAAUUUGGAGCUAUCGCGCAAUGCUGCAUUAGCAAGAGAAAUAUCAAAAGAUAUUAAAGCAGAAAGUCGCCCAGAUAAUGUCCGGGCUUUUGGACGAAGUCUUCCCAAACGAGAUCAGUGGCGUGCCCCGAAGAAUGAUACGAAGAACCAGUGGCAUUCCGCUAGACAUGUGCCCAAUGAUUUGGUUACGUUAAAGACUGUGUGGGAAGGCAUCACUAAUUUAAGAAGUGUGAAAGAAUACUGCCGAUGGAUGAUCCAGCAUCCAGAACAUAGGCGAGCUCCUUAUCUAAAUAGCUUGGGUAUGUUCGACCCCACUGUGCUCAACUCUAGACUUACAAUGGAAUUGCAAUUAAGCGCUUCUCCACCACUCCCCUCUAACGACAAUGUGCCGGCGCCCAUCGAACAUAUUCGACGUAGACUGUCGGAACUAGUAGACGCUAAUCAAACCCUACAAUGA